GUAACAGUUGUACCCAUAUCCUGACGUCACUAGCACACAUGAUAUGAUGACGUACUAAAGGUGGUAUCAAAAUGGCCGGGUGCUCCAACUCGAGGUGCUCCUCCGAGCGGCGCUCCCUGCGUCGAGAGCUGGACCACUGGCGCAAGGACCUCAUUACCUGCGUCGGUCUGGAGAGCUUUGCAGAGUUCCUAAUGGGUCCCGAGAGAUUCAAAGAGGUUAUGCCAUUCAAUGGUUUUGAAGCUGUUGACUGUCCUGAUUGGGAACUGUCAUCGGAGUGUAGGUUAUGCCAUGCGCGAAGGGAAGUUGUCACGGAGUCCUUGGAACAUCAUAAAGAGCUGAUAGAGAGACAGCGCACACUAGAAGAAACCUCUAGCCAAGACUUCCCAGGUUCCUAUGUGCCCUUCAAGUUCAGUUCAGCUCAGGAAGCCAUACGGCACCUGGCAUCCCAUCAUGCAUCAAAACAACAACAAUCCUCUCAGAGUGCCUUGCAAGAAGAUUCUGACAAACUGGAUUCCGAUGAAGAUGACCUGCUACCCUCUCCACAACACAAUUCCUGCAAUGGUACCAGUGCAAGGAGGUUGCGAAACUCUCCCUACUUCUUGAAAAUUCCCCGAGUUCCAUUUGGUCAUGAGGCCCAGGAGAAAGUAUCUCAUGGACACAUCAAUGAUGGUGCUGAAGUAGGACGUCCCACAGCAGAACACUUCAGUAUACCUGCUGCAACAAUGAAGACUACAGCCGAUUCCACUUCCUCUGCUCAACACUGCAGUGAAACCAAUCCCCUGCCUCAACAAGGAAAGUCUCAUUCAGUCUGUCACAGUUCCAAGUACCAAGCCUUAGGCAAAUGUCAAUCAUUUGACAACAAUGUUUCAGCUAAUGGAAACAUAUUACCUCAAAGCCCUAUAAGAGCAAAUGACUCCAACACUGUACCCAUAGAAGUAACUAACCAUAACAGCAAUGCUUACAAUGAUACAAGGUGCCUGGAUGAAGAUUUUCUCCUGUGGGUCAUUUACUCUAAGAGAAGAAAGGGUAGACAUUUAUUCAGCUUUGAAGACUUGGAGAUGAACUGUUACAGUAGUAAUAAUGAGGUUGCAGGGAGUGUGACUGAAGGUGUUAGUCAAGACAAGACAGCUGUGCUUCCCACAACCACAGCCCAGGACACAAAUGUCCAUAACCCACCUACCUCAGCUGAUGAUAAGGUGCAAGCAACUCCUAGUCAACAUGCAUCAACUAUUUUCCAACUUACAAGCAAUCUCAAGAAAUGUCCGAAGAGCUCUCUUCCUGACAUGGCUAUGGGUGGGCCAUGGAGUGACAUGAUUAGGAACGAGUGCAAUGUAGAGGCUUGUAAAGUUGGUGCCAUAAAUGAUGAAAUAGGCAACAUGGGUAGAAUGAUUAAUGAUAGUGAUGUGAACUUUCAUGUAGACAAAGAUUGUGUUGAUGUCUAUCCUUCAUAUCUGUUUAAACCCAUUGGCCUGUCAUCUGAUGCAGCAUCUGGCCCUUUGCCAUCAGACAAAACAAGGAACAAGCAGGACAGUGACACAUUAAGCUGCUAUAGCAUAUCUCCUCCAAGCCUAAGCCCUGUCACUGAGAGGGACCACUCAUCAGUUUAUUCUUUAGAACAGGAUGAGGACAAUAAUGAUAGUGAUGACCCACCCCCUCCUAUACUGUCUCCGAUGCCCACCAUGUAUUGGGCAACUGCUUUCUGCCCAGCCUUAAGAAAGGAAUCCCAAGGUAACAUUUUUGGAGACAAAGAUGUCAACAAGGCAGAAAUUGACAGUAUGGGCAGGGAUGCUGGUCUUAAGUCAUUUGUCAGCAGUAAAAGUAGUCAGGCUUCAGUGAACAGUAAGGAGAAUUCUUCAGACUACUACUGCCCACCAGAAGGCAGCUGCUCUGGUAUUAGCAAGAUUGACCAUGUUCAUGAUGAUAAUGUACCACAUCCUAGUAUUACUAAGACUCUGUCCAACAGCUUGUGCAAAGGUCUACCAACUAACAAUCAGGAAAAUUUGUGUGGUAUCUAUACAGACAUUAAAACUGCAGGUAGCUCAGAAAACACAAGAAAACAGGCUUUCUCUAGGAAAUGUUUGACUACUGAACAUUGUCCUCAACAUGCCCCUAAACGUAGACACCUUCACUGCCUUCCACACAGGCCUCUGACAGGUUUUGCAAAGUUUGAGAAUAAAUGUAAGGAUGAAACCAGGCAUGUAGGUAUGGGUCACUAUCUUCUCAACAGGUCAUCAACACAGGAAGCUUCAGAAAGUGAUCUUCAGCUUCAAAAGGCUAGGAUAUUACCAUGUCAUGUCCGAUUAAGGAAGCUCAGUAGCAGACAAAUUCCUCAACAUGGGGUUCAUAAAAAAAAGGUGGCAGACAGGCUCCCAUGCAGACGUACAGGAAGACCUAGGAAGUGGAUGUGGGUGAAAGGAAAGUCAGGGAAAAUGGUAAGGGUUCUCAUCCCCAAAAAAGAAUCAGUACCUUCUGGUGUAGGGGACAUUGAAGUUUUGAAAAAGUUACGCCCCUCUGCUAAGAGGGUAGUGAGACAGGCCCAGUUAAAAACUGACCAUGUUCUUCCUGGCAAGAAAGAUGGUAACGUUGCCACAUGCAAGGCUCUAAGACCCCUACCUGUGAGACUAGCCAAAGUCAAUGAUGAUAAAUUUCAAAGCACACCACGAAGGCAGUGUAAACACAAAGGCAGUCAUCAGUCAAUGCAGCCAAAAACAAGAGACAAAGCAAAGCCAGUUCCAGUUAUCAAUUCUACUUGUCCUGAUGUAAAGCAAAGAUGUACAUCCAUUGAUGGCAAUGAAGAUGACAAUUGGUUUGAUGUGAAAUGGACUGUGUCCACUGUGUGCUCCUGCAAGACAGCACAAAGUACAGAUCUCCCAUGCACUUGCACCUUUGUAACUGCUUCACUUGAUACAGGCUGUAAAGUGGAAAACCAUGUGCUUUCAACGAAGAAAACUGCAGCUCUUGCUUCAUUGUCUGCACCACCAAAGUUUGUGAGGAAACAAACGAGGGGGAACAGUCAGGUUGAAGAAAAAGAUGACGAAGGAAAAAAUGUAAUGAAGCUAGGGAUACGCACAUUGCCACACAGGAGAGCUCGUACCAAAGUGCUAAAAGCUUUCCACACAGUCGUCCUGAAGAAGUACCAGAAGCCAGAGAGCUUUAUGCCAGCUGCUAUCAGGAGACUCCGGCUACUACCAUCAAGACACAAACGCCUCAGAGAGAGUACCAAGAGUAUGCCCUGCUUGAGCAAAAAAAGCAGAAAGCAUUUGCUGGUAACUUUGCAAAAAACAACAGAUUGCAAGAUAUCGCAGAAACAUUGCCCUACCAGGGACUUGAGAAUAGGUCCAAAUUGCCCCACUGACAGUAACAAAGAUGAUGGUAAUAAACCUACCCCUAUCAAACAUACAAAGCUGAUCUUGCAGGAUGGGACAGAUAGGCAGUAUGAUUGCAAAGGUGCAGAGGAACCAAUGCAAGUAGAACAACGUUCCAUUGUGCUGCAUCCUAGAUCUCCACCCACUGCCAGUGCUGGUGUCUCAGGAAUUCAGCAUUCAUGCCCAAAUGAAUCUGAGGUGAACAUGACAAGAAUAGACAUGCCAGUUGUGAAACGGGAGCUUGAUCAGCCAAUGACCAAGAGUGUUGUCGAAGUUUAUGAGAAGCGACAGCUGAGAGUUCUGCCUGAGAGAGUUGCAAGACUGCGAGAGGAAGAGAGGAAACAGCAAGCUGAAAAUACUGUCACCAUGACAAGGGCAUCACCUAGUCUUAAAAAACUAAUAGAUUGCCAGAAUAAUUCUGCAUUUGACAAAGAUGCAGAAACAGAGGAUAUGGAAACAAAAUCUCUUUCAAUUGAAAUAGCAGAGAAACCUGUAGUUCUGAAUGAUUCCAAAUCUAACUCUGAAUAUAGCAAACACCUUGUAAGUGAAGGGAUCUCUGGUAGGAUGUCACAUACAUGCAAUAAUGUGCAAGUAGAGACAAGAACACAAUACACUUCUUGUAAGAUUGAGGUUGAAGAUGAUGAAAGGAAGUUGAGGAGCUUGCCCUGCAGAAUGGUAGCACAAUCAAACAAUUCUCAGGAAAUGCCAAAAGCAAGGAAAAGACCCAGAAAACAUUCUCCAUUGUCAUCCGAUGCUGAAUUCAUGGCAAAUGUACAUCAAGGAAGGCCAAGAAACUAUGUUCUCUCUGAGUCCCUUAACAAUACCAUUUACACCAAAAAACAUGCAAAACAUGUUAUGGAGACCGUGUCAGCUGAACUGAAAAGUGGAUCUAUCUGUGUAGAUCAAGCUAUGAAGUUAGAUCAUGGCAGCCUUGAAACAGCAAAUAACAAUCAACCCAACUUGGUAAAGAGCAGCCAUCCAAAUGAGGUGACCUCUGACAGAGAGCUUGAUACAGCUAUUGCUUUAAGUUCUAACCAAGAAGAGAACAGCAAAACAGAAAUUGAUACAACAGACAUGGAAGCAGCAGCAUCCACAUGUGACAUUCUGGUGAAGAGAAAAGUGACCCGGUGUCCAAAGACAGAUCUAAGAUACAACUGCAUGUCCCUGAACACAAGUCUGACACUCCAGUACAAAGAUGCAAUCAUCAGCAAUGGUUGGGUGAAGACAUCAGAGAAGCCAGGGACGGGAUCCGGAGAUGGAAGUCUUAUACAGAGUCUUUUUACUCAGCCAGUAACGUAUGACACCGUCAUGAGAUUAGUAGGAGUGGGUAGUAGCAAAACUAGGCUAUGUCAGAGCCGGGAGCAAGUGGCCUUAACUCAGGUGACUCCAUCACCCCAGUGUGAAAAGUACAUACAUACUCAACAUAACAGCACCAAAUGUUCCAAGACAAAAAAGAAAGGAUUUGAAGAAGUUUCAAUGACCAAGGAUCUUGCUGAAGCUGUGCCAAUCUCACCCAGCAAACCUAUUAUGAACCCAAGUACCACACUAAGAGCAACAAAACAACAGAAGACUCCAAAAACCAAAAUAGACAGGCAGGCAGACAGACUCAGAAAGACUCUUCGGAAAUUUGCCACCAUGACCCCAGCAAAGAACAGAAUCAUUCCAUAUGAAGACGUGGGAAGAAGGAAAUGCAAAGCUGCCAAGAAGCUGUUUGUUGUACAAAGCAAUCCUUCCAUCCUGUGGUGCCACCAUCCAAGCAGUGACUCAAAGACAAAGGGACCAAAGCCAAAACUCAGUUCAAAUGCAGUGUCCCUUUCAGGGGCAAAAGAUAACAGUAAUUUAAAUGCCCAACAAGGUGCUAAGGGUAGAAUAGAAAAUAGCUCACACACAUCCUCUACUACUGUCUCAGCCAGCUCUAGCGAUGGCUUGUGCAGAGAAAGGGGUAAUUUAACAGUGUCUCCUGAAAAUGUGAAAAUAUCCCAGGGAAAGAAAACGUUGAAGAAAUGUAGCAUUUUGCCAUCAUUUACCUCAACAGGCCAUGAUCUAGGCAAAGCCAAGCCUGAAAAGGCAUCCAACAAGAAACAUAAAGUUGAUCCAGUCCAGGCCAUUGAGAAAUCAGAUCACAGGGAUGAGUGUCCAUCAAACACUGCACAAGCUUCGAGGUCAUCAGUAAGAAUACAGAAGAAGCGGUUGUUGGGAUUCUCCAUUUGUCCAUGCUGUGCCUUGGUCGAAGCUGAGCACUUUAAACGGUUCAACAAAAGGGUAAAAAUCACAAAGUCUAAUGAAAAGCACCAAACUGAAAAAGUAGACUCACCAGCCAAGCACAGGAAGCAGCUUCAAGUGGCAAAGAAUGCCAAUGAAGUAUCUGUAUCAGCUAGUCAGUUGGACAAGCCAUUCAACUUGGUUUCCAAAACAAAAGCCAAGAAUAAGCUUGCCACAAAAGAAAAGAUACAAAAGUCCAACAAAGACAGGGGUUCACCCAGACGUUAUGUCAAUAGCAGCUCUGACUUUCCACCAGUUACUUCCACUAGCAGUAAAGCUGUUGAUUCAGAUGUUCCAGAAGAUUUAUCUUACCAUGUUCCACAGUUAGGAAGGUCUACUUCAUCCCCACUCAUCUCUUCCACAGAACAAACCGUUCUUUCACAGUGGGACACUCCCACACAUGGGGAAAAGAUCCCAAAGGAAUAUCCAGGUGUAAAAGACCAAGUGACAUACCCAGAAGUGAAUGCAUUGGUUCAAAAUGGGAAAGUGUUUUCAGAAUGUGAGGAUGUGUUUUCAUCCCCCUGUGAGAAAAAUGAAUUGCUUGAUGAAGAGAGGUUUGUAGGGCCUCUUGAUCUGAGAGUAUCAUGGAAGAAAGAUGAGCCUUGUUAAAGGUACAGACACUUUGAAGCUGUAGUUACAUAAUUUUCCUUUUUAGAUAAUUUAACAUUAUGAUAGCAACAGAUGAUGUACAGUGUACAAGAAUAAUCUUCUCUCCCACAAAUGCAAAAAGAACAUAGAAUUGAUUGGAUUGAAUAGCAACCACUUUUAAUCCCGAUAUUUCUUGAAUUGAUCAUGGUUUGAAACACAGAUAAAGCAGAACAUGUUAAAGUCCAUUUAGGCCCAUUGUAUGGAUGUAAAAGCUUUUUUUAUAGCAUUACCUCAACCAUCACAACAUUGAAACAUUGUAUAAUCAUGUAUGAACUGUCAAAUAGACUUGUAUUGUUAGUGUAGAAUGUGUAAAAAAGAUGUAAAGAAGACUUGCAAUGUGACAUCUGUUUCUGACAGGGAUGGAAAGCCUUCAUCUAACUCAGGAUCCUCUCCUGAUAUCUCAGGGCGUCCUACAUGUAAUGUACAUGUAACUUACUGUUGUUGUAACCACAUGAUACUUUUGUUUCUAUGAUGUAAGAAUGUUUCACAGAGGACAAACAACUUUCAAAGAUAAACGGUUUUAAAUGCAUGAUUUUUGAUGAUGAGAUGGCUAUGCUCUUUUGUGUAAUUGAUACAUAUGUGCUUUUGUGUAAUUAACACAUUUUAGUCCAUUGGACUGCCAUGUUUUUCCAUUUUAACUUAUCCCUGAUGCUUAACCGCGUAACCAAACGUGCUAAAUGGUCCUUUGGCCAAGCAUGAAAUGUGUGAUCUGGUUACUGUCUAGAAAAUAAUUAGGGAUGGAACAUGUAGGUACAUUUGUAGGGAGUCUCAGCCAAAAGUGAUCCACAAAUUGCCAAGAGUAAUCCGCUCAGUGUUGCGGUCUCUUUGUCUUUGAACUUUUUCUCAAUGUUUCAGUUUCCUGUACAUUUCCUAAGCUUAGGCAUAGCAAAACACAUGUUUCCAUUCACGGGCCUGAAAAACUAGCUUUUAGUAGUAUAGGUAAGGAUUCUCUUGGUCUUAAUUCUUGAAGAUGUCCAAUGGAGUGAUCCUGCAAAUACAGUUUAGCAGUGUAAAACAGAAAUGCAUAUAUUGUAAUUAUACAAAUAUACAUUCAUUUUGUACAAGCACAAGUACACAAUGUAUCUGUUUAAAUGUAGGUAUAACUUCCGUUCGGCACAACAAACCAGCUUCACAGCCACAUGGUGCAGCAGAAGCUGGUUACUAAUUACUAUGUGUAGCACCUCUGUUGUAGUUGUUUGUACAAAAUCUGUUAGCUUGUAUCUGUAAUAGUUUUUAGAUUGUCUUUUUUUCCCUAGCCAAAAGGUUAUUUUUUGAAGAGCGUAUGUUUACUAAGAUAAUUGAUAUUACAUAGAAGGGCUGAAAGAUAAAUGUAUGAGGAAUAUGUAUUAAAGUGCUUACAAAAGACACUGGAAUGAGUCUUAAGUCUGCAGAAACAAGUCCAAAGGACUGUGCAACUUUAAUAGAGAGUCCUGAUGGAGAGGGGCAAGGCCAAGGGGCCAGUCCCUGGCCUGAGCACCUAUAUUCAGGCAGCCAUUUUCAAUGACACUAGAUACAAGACUUAGUGUUCCUGAUCUUAGUACAUGAACAUGUACCAAUCAUUUAAGGUAAGGAUAAAUUUGGCCAAUAUUUUGUAUGGUCUAUUUAUGCACAAGAGCUUAACACUUGUACUAGCUUAAUACAUUUAGUGUCUGUUUUAACUAGGUAUGUUUUCAUUAAAUUUGACAUACAUGUACACCUGAAAAGAAUGAUGCUAAUGAUAUACAUGAAGGGUUUGUAACUGUUGCACCUCGAGUAGUAUAAUACAGAAUGUAUGCAGUAUCAUUAUCUAUGUGUGAGUGUUGCAUGCAAUAAUAAAGUAUGAAGCACAAAA